ACGUAAAUUUAUAUAAGGAAUUCAAACGAACUAUAUCUGAGUGAGGGAAUAUGUCGUGGCUGUCCACGUUGCUGAUACCACAGCAGCACCAGACGAAGAAUGCCCAAAUCCUCGCCCGAAUCUGUGAGCAGCGUUACGGAUCCAACUGGAUACACUACAUGAAGUGUAAUCGAAAUAUAUCGCUUAAUAGUGCUGUCAUUGCGGAGCAAAGGGCAACAACGCCGACCAUUGUGAGAUGUGUGAAUCCCACUGGCAGCUCCUUGCAGACGCCAAGAUCGACCAGAUCGCUCAAGGAGCUGGAUUAUCGCAUCUAUCCGCAGAGCAUCGAUCUGGACGCAUUCUUUGGCGCGGAGCAAAAGUGCGAAAAGGUCUCCGAUAUUUGUCUGCUCAACGAUCACUUCAUACUGGUCAAGAUGCCCGAGGAUGAGCCGGCGCCACCUGCGCCACAUGCGCCACCUGUUGCAGUUCCCCGCAAAUUGGGCUCCAGGCUGCCGCGUUGCUUCAAAUGUAAUCGUGGCAGUCGUGUCUCACCCAUCUUGGAGGAGCUGGAGGAGCCCGAACCCAACGGCUACAAUCCCUGGAGCUCGCACGCGGAUGAUGACGCCGAUGCUGAUGCCAAUGAUGAUGACGAUGUGGAGGUCUUUGCCUCCAGGACACGCAUUAUAUCCGCAAAAACGAAAACAAAAUCUGUCAUAUUGGAAAAGCCGCAGCAACAGCUGCAGCUUCAGCAGAGAAGUCCACCCGUCGCAUCCUUGCAACUGGAGACACUACAAUAUUCGCCUCCGUCGACAGCUGAUCCUUAUCCCAUCAGCCGAGGUCCCUUGCACUGGUUCCUCUGGCCAUUCCGGCGACGUUCCAAGACCCAACAACAACAACAACUGGCCGCCGUACACAAAACCUAUUUUAUCCGUUGGAACAAGCCGCCGGAUACGCUUUUUCACGGUUACGGCGUGGAGCAUCGUCCUGUCCAGCCGAAUAAAGUUGGACUGCGACGCUGUCGUUCUGCCAUAUUCUAAACGAUUUUCUAGCCAUAGCUUGUAUAUAUAUUAUAUAUUUUGUAUUUUGAGGCUAAAAAAUAAGUGAUUGCACAAAAGAUGUACAUAAAAAUAAAUA